AAUUAGUCGAUAGUAUUCAUUUUGUGUCUAUAACUUAACAAACUAAACUUAUCUGUUGAUAAGUAAUAUACAUAUUUAUCCACUAAAUCACCAAGGUUUAUGACGUUAAAGUAAUGAUGAUCAUAUUUAUUUGAUUUUGAAUUUUUACGGUCAAAUGUGAUAGGAGUGUAUAUAACUUUAAUUACGUAGAACUAUAUGUAUAUACUCACAGCGUUAGGAUGGCUAAAAACGUACGUCAAGAAGAAAACUUUGAUGUCAACCACUGUACAAAAGAAGCAGCAUCUACAGGAAAUGCGUCUGCUCUUAUGUUUGCACCUACGAAAGAACAAAAAAAUGUAGGAUUUGCACCAGAGGGACCAUCUUGCAGUUACAUGCCCACUACUGUUAUAAUGACACCAACCAAAGACCUAAAAGCACAUCACUUAAAUUCCGCAUCCGAUGUAGAAAUUGAACAUUUGCAAGGCUCAAAAACUGCCAGUAACUCAUUAGAGGGAAGACGUAUAGUGGAUAUUGGGUUCCUUUUUAGUCAAAUUAUAAGUAUGGAAGGUCAUUCACCUUUCAAAUGUUCAUGGAGGGAAUUUUUAAAUGAGAGAAGAUUCGGGUUCAGAAGCGUUUUCCAAUUCAAAUGCAAAAUAUGCAAUAAAGUAGAUGAAAUUUUUUCUGUACAGAAAUCAAAUAUCAACAAAGCAGCAGUACUAGGCGUUCUCUCCGCUGGAGGUGGAUACAGUCUUUUGGAGGAACUCUGUGGGCAUAUGAAUAUUCCGUGUCUGUCCCAGAAAACAUAUGAGAAUUGCCACCAAGAUGUGUCCACCACCCUACAUGCUACUUUAUGGGACAAUAUAAGGCGUGCUGGAGAAGAAGAAUAUCGACUAGCAGUGGAACUAGGAGAGGUGGAUAGUACCGGCAUUCCAAAUAUUGCUGUAGUUGCAGAUGGAGCCUGGUGCAAGAGAUCCUAUAGAACAAAUUAUGAUGCUAGUUCUGGCGUAGGAUGCAUAAUUGGAAAGCGCACUGGCAAACUUCUUUAUUUAGGCAUUAGAAAUAAGUACUGUACUUUAUGUGCAAAAUAUGAGGGUGAGAAGGACAUAGUACAACAUAACUGUUGUAAAAAUUGGAACGGCAGUUCAAGUAGUAUGGAGGCAGAUAUUAUUGCAGAAGGCUUUAAAGACAGUGUAACUAUGCACGGCUUAAAAUAUACAGUUCUUGUUGGAGACGGAGAGAGUAGCGUGUAUAGGAAAUUGCAGGACUGUAAACCAUAUGGACAUCAAGUCAACAUCCGCAAAAUUGAAUGCCGAAACCACCUUCUGCGAAAUUUUUGUAACAAACUUAGAGAAAUUACAACCAAGAGGAUCAGUUCCGCAAACCAGGUAGUUCCAGUUCGUUUGCGACAAUUGCUGCUGUCCAAAGUAUUAAAAAUUCGUACUGCUGUUGUUUCUGCUAUUUCUCACCGAAAAAAAUCAAGAAAAACCUAUCCACGAAAACAUUGAAGGGUUGAUAAUUGAUAUAAGAAAUACAGUAAGUCAUAUUUUCGGCGAACAUGAAAACUGCAAAGAAAUUCAAUAUUUUUGUGAAGCAGUCUGUGACAAAAAUAUUGCCGUAGUUGUUGAAAUGAAGUCGUGUGGGUUAUGGAAAGAUAUAAUGUCCGUAACCAACCGAUUAGCAUUGCAAGCGUCAAAUUUAAUUUUGAACAUGGACUCCAAUAUAGCAGAAUGCUAUAAUGCAUUAACUUUUCUUUGAGAGGAUCAUACCAAGCACGCUGCGAAGCGGCAGGUAUUUCUUUCAAUAGCAAAGGAGAAUAUGCGAACGUAGUCCAUCGUGCGGUCAUAAAAAGAAGUCCAGGCAAGUACACAAAAAAAUUCACGACCCGAAGGAUGACCUUGCGGGAUAAACACAAGUGCAGGCGAAAUUUAUUCAGGAAAAUAAAGCGCAAUGCAAAUCCUACACCGCUCGUUGAUCCAGACUAUGGUCCAGAAAUGUCACAGACCGACAUGUGUCCUACUGAUUACACAGAAAAAAUGGAACAUUUCUUAGACACAUAUACAAAUACCUGUGAAUCAAAUUUCUAAUAUUGAAAUAACGACAAGAGGUCAAAGUAGCAAUCCCAAUCGGAUGCGCAACUACUUCAUGUGCAAAUACCGUAAAAAGUUUACUGUAUUCAACAUUUACUGGUAGUGCUGCCACUCAUUAUGGCAACGAAUAUGAAACAGUUGCACGUGACGAAUUUUCAAAAGUAACAGGGUUGACUGUAAAAGAAAGCGGCUUGGUAGUUGGCAAAUGCCACCCGUUCUUGGGUGCCAGUCCAGACGGCAUAAUUUUAGAUGAGGAUGCUGUCCUAGAAAUCAAAUGUCCAUUUUCUGCAAAGACCUUACUCCGGUAAAUGCAAUAACAGAAAAAAAAUUAAAUUUGCAACAAUAUCGGAGUUUGGUAAUAUAGAACUAAAACUAAACCACGACUACUAUUACCAGGUACAAGGAUUGCUACAUAUAACUCAAAGGAAAUAUUGUUACUUUGUAAUAUAUACGCCGAAAAAAAUGGAAUUUAUUAAAAUAUUAAAAGAUGAGGAUUUCUGGUUGAAGAAAAUGGAAAAGAAAUUAAAAAAUUUUUAUUUUUCAUUUCUUCUUCCUGAAAUUAUAGAUCCUCGCCAUACACGGGGACAAGAAAUUCGAAAUCCAUCUAGAGACUAGACUGAGAAAUUGUAUAUUGCAUAUUCCUCCCAUAAUGCGCGGGUGAUCUAUCAUGUGUGUACCAUAUCUGUUUCUAAGAGCAAGUUGCAAAUUAUCUAACAUUUUUGUCAAAUCAUUUUGAAGAAAAUACAAAUAUGUGUUUCUGUCUAAAGUCCCGUGAAAAAAUAUGGUGCAAUUAUAUGUCGUCCAAUGAUGCCACCCCAUACGUUCAAAGACCACCUGCGCUGAUUAUUCACUGGUCUCAACCAAUGGCGAUUCUCGGUGUUAUAAUAAUGGCAAUGGGCUUGUUCAGAAAUCUUUUUUUAAUUCAUAAAUCAAAAAAGUGCAAGUGAAAAAUAAUAGAUCUGCAAAAAAAUCAAAAUUUUAUUUGCACGUUUUAAAAACAAUUAGAAAGUGCGUGGCCAGGCGUUACGUCACUUUACGCAUAGGCUUGCUGAUUGUACGCUACUCAACGCUAGUUAAUUAUUAGUCGUUACAAGCUGUAUUUGCGGAGUAUUCGUUGUAGGCAUUGACGUAUACUAAUGGACGUGCCUUAGCGGUCAGAAUUGUGGUACGACAAAAGAAAGAGAUGGAACGAAGUUUCGGACAAUAUCUAUCUCUCUCACGAUAGUGUCGUUGUUAGGACGCCCUGCGCCUGAGUAAAUAUUGAGUAUUACAAUAAAAAAGUGUUUAAAACUGCUACCAACCAACAACAGGUAUCAAUACCCUUAUAUUAUUCGAAAGGAAAUUGAAUUUGUGAAUAUUGGCAUUGUAAAUAUUAUAUGUAGAUGAUAGGUAAUUUCUUCCAGAAACGGAAUGUGAAAAUCGCAACCCUCUAAGUCCUUUUGUUUCUCACAUAUUAAAAAUGGUACCAAACGUCAAAUUUUCCAUGAAACGUGAAAUAACUCCAGAACUGUGCGACCCUAGGUCCAAUAAAUGUUACGAUAAUAAACUGACAUUUUUUUAUAGGGAAUUCCAAAACGCAAUAUAAAGUAGGUUUCAUUUAAAAUAACGAACUUACUGUGCAUUUCCGGUAUAACCGUGUUUGAAAAUAUUUUUACGUUAUUAUACACUUAACUCUAUACAAAUUUUACUUGAAAUAUUUUGAACUAUAUGUGUAUGAUUUGUCGAUUUCAACUUAGUAUGUUAAUAUUACAUUAAUAAUCGUCUGAAACUAUGACGGAAUAUAUUAGAAAGCACGUGCACGAAAAUGAUUAACUAAUUAUAAAACAAAAGAAAAAUAAAAAUUUAAGAUAGUUGUUCAGAUUGUCUUCCAUUUGCUUGCAGACAUAUUAGAAAUUCAUACAUUUCUGUAAUUGUUGCUUUUCUGACGUUAUCUUGGAACGCCCAGCUUUUAGUAUUCCCCACAAAAAGAAGUCCAAGGGAGCAAGUUCUGGACUUCUUGCAGGUCACAGCCAAGGCUCGUACUUAUCAAACCAUCUAUCACAUACCAACAGACUGAAUUUCUUAACGAUAGAUCAUCUAAAAAAUUAUCAACAACUGUACUUAAAAUUUGUAAAUAACGCUGUAAAAUUAAACUGUCGUCGCAUAUACACUAACAAAAUCGAUUAUUUUUGAAAAUACAAAACGCAUUAAAACUAGAGUUAUCUUGAAAUGUACGUUCUCUGGUGGCAUAAGGGUAUUCAUUUGUCUAAAUAUGCUUCCUAUAACUAUUAAAGACACUUUCUCUUGAAAAUAUUGAUUCGUCCGACCAGAUAAUUCUUGUUAAAAAAGUUUGCGGAUGCAGAUACUGGACUUUGAUAAACUUCUAGGCAUGCAUCUUAUGUUUCCAUAAUAUUCUUUCUGUUACAGCGUUAAUAACAGAAGCACGUACGUUCGCAACAAAAAAUGCAAGAACAACACGUUUAACACUGGUAUUCAGAGCUUGGAAAGAUAUUCCUCAUAAUUGUGUCAAAUUUUUGCCUAUUAAUGAAAGCUACAUGAGAAUAGAGUUCAUUAAAUCUUCUGCAUUCUUUGUUGCAUUCUCCAUAAACACAUUAUACAUUCAUUAAAUCCGAAUGGGAUCAUUUUUGCAACAUAAAUAAACGAAGGAUGAGUCUUUAAUUUUUAAUAAUUGCGUCAGUUGUCCAUAGCACACUUUUGUUAUGUUAUAAUUAGUAGAAUUAUCUAUUAUUGAUAAAAAUUCAAAUUUAUUCAAAAAUUUUCGAAACAAGCAUUAGGAAACAUCUGCGUGGAUGGAAAGAGGCUAAAAAGAGGAAAUAAAAUAUCUCGUACACGCUUAGUUUCCCUAAAACGUCUAAUGUAUCACUCACAAUCAGUUUGAAGAACUUUGUAUAUUAUAGUGGUGUUACUCCGAGUUUAUUGAAAUAUUGUUUAAACGCAUUUUCUUUUAUACGUUCGACGUCUGAAUUUGUUAGAAUACUUUGAAAAAUCAAGAAAAGGCUAAGAUAAUUUAUUAAAUGAACAAAAACUUUAUCAAUACACCUAUAAUAGAUACCAGAGCUGUACUAGCUACUUAUUAAAAUACAAUUCAUAGUAAUUAGCAAUUAGGGCUUUUCCCGACUAUAUAAAUUUAAGUAUAAAUAGAUGAAACAUUAUUAAUAUAAAUAAUAUCUUGCUACUCUUUGUAAAAUUUUAAUUAUACUGAAACACUAAUAGAGUUCAAAUAAAUUCUAUUCUUAAAACAUUUAAAUGCAUUACUAUCUGUAUCUGUAGUUACCAAAAAGAAUGUUCAAAUGUUCGGUGAAUUAUACAACAAAAAAAGAAUCGUUGAUAUAUUUAUGAUUGUAGUUGUUUAUUACAGGACAAAGUAAACAGGACAAAAGUGAUGGAAGCUCUUCUAGAUCACGCUAAAUCUGCUAACGAUAAACAAUUCAUCUUUUUAACGCCUCAGGAUAUUUCAUUUAUAAAUGACGAAGAAGUUGCAAUUCAUAGGAUGGAAGAUCCUGAAAGAUCACCAGUGAUCUAAAUUAAAAGUUAAAACAAAAGAAG